AUGCUUCGGACGCAGUCGCUUGCCGCAUUUGACGCGCAGCUGGACGCCACAAUCCUGCAUCAGACCGCCGCGGUCGACGCUUUUCUUGCAUCGCGCGCGGUGUCAUGGGCGGCCGAUGCGCAGUCUGCCCUGGAACGGCUGAGCCAACGGGAUGCGACGGCAGCACUGGGGCUAGGGGACCUUCGGCAUGCCUAUGCCUGGGACAUGCGCCAGCCCACGUGGUGCAAAUUUGCAGGGGCGCAGCCCAGCAGCAGCCAGCAGCAGCAGCAGCAGCAGAGCUCCCACCCAGAGAUUGAAGUUGAGGAGGCUCCGGCCCCCGCGGGCGCGACUGGCAGCCGCGCCGGUGCCAGUGCGGGCGGCACGCCUGAGCCGGCGAGAGUCAUG